CUCUGGUUCCGAUCUUCUUCUUUCCACUAUUUCACUCUCAUCAGCAACCGUCGCGACCGUCUCAUCGUGCACCUCUGAGCGUCGUUUUCUCCAUGCAUACUAAAUAUCACCUUCUACUAUUAGAAGAAGAGGCUUUCGCCACGUGCAGGCCAUGAGGAUAUCAACUUUCUGAUAAGGUCUUAACACAAAAAUCAACCCGACAUUGUUACGAUAAUCGAAAAAAUACUUGUUUACCGUGAUACUGACAUCAACAUUGUUGUUCUGCUCGAAGUUUUCGAACUUUGAAGAGUGCACUUCAAUUUUUACAUGUUACACACGUGCAAAUAAUUACAGUUUGCAUGAUUGGAUUGAUUAGAACAUUGAUCGUUAUUCAAGUUAAUCGUGAAUUAAAUAUUAAUAAUUAUCACCACCUUUUAGUAAGACCCAUCGUUUUGCAGUUAGUGAAUUAACCUCACAAAUUACAACAUUAUUACGCAAGAGAAUUGAGAAUAUUUCAUUUUUUACCUACGUGAACUGCCGCAAAGUUGGAGCAAACAUAUUCCAGACAAAGUGAGACAACUGGGCGAAACUCUCCCGAGAAAAGGAACUCGAACACACAAUAUUCGUUUCGUUACUGCAUCUGACCUCCUGGUCUCGUGGGAAAGAUCUGCUGACGACCGACAUUUUUUCCAGGCGGGGAUAAAUCAGGACAACGAUGAUGGAAAAAGUCAAUUGCGGCUGCCGAGCUGAGUAGACCUUGCCCGAUCGAGUCAAUACUCUGAAUUCGCACAAAUUAGACAGAACCAGAGAUGAAUGGGAUAAGAAGAACCUCUCCGUGACCCAGAUUGCACAUGCAAGAACCCGAAAAGCGUCUGGAUUUCACGAUCUGGCUCGAUAACUCUGUGUCCAAAUAAGUCCCUUCAAUUCCCUUCCAAACGGAAACCAUAUACUGUGUCGAUCUCCAUCUUUCGAUCCAUCGAACCGAAUUCCCACCUAUAAAUACAUACCGUCACAUUAUCACCACUGGGAACAAAUGAAUGCCACCUUUCUCCAGAAAAAAGUCCACAAAGUACAAAAGACUUUCCUCCACAUUCCUAAAACUUCAAACGCAUAAUACAACUCAACAAUCACCACCACGAAGCACAUGCGUGUGCACAUUUUAAACUAAGUCAUUCUCGCCCUAGUUUCCAUUACAUCGAGUGACUUUCUAAAUACUUAAGCCGUCUAAGGAAUCACUUAUGUAAAUAUUUACCCUCCCAACUUUCCAAAUUGUGACGAAUUCAUGAGCAGGAAGUGAACUGAGUGAGUGAAAGUGAGACGCUAUUAUACUGAAACUUCUGUCAGCCCGAGAUAGUGUUGUACCUGUAUCAAUAAACAAACCUCCUCUCAAAAUAACCACACCACGAUGCGCGGCAUUCUCAUUCUUCUCAGCGUGAUUACAAUCAAUUGUCAAAAUGUGAAUGAGAACUCGACGACGAGCCAUUUCCUCCCGGAGCCGGCGGGACUUUCUUCCUCCUCCUCGAGUGGGGGAGGGGGACGCCGGAGUGCCGAUGAUACCGAUUACGACCACCAAGACCCCGAAGUGGGGGAAGUGGACGACAUUUUGCUCGGCGAAGGGAAAGGGUCGCCGUUCGAGAGUGGUCGAAAUGGAGGAACUGAAUCGUCCACCACCACGACGACAACGACGACGACCACGCGAUCUCGCAUAGUGGAGACCAAGUAUGGGAAACUGCAGGGGAUGAGCAUCACGAUUGGGGCUCAAGGGAGACAUAAUCCGUUGAAAAACAAGAUUGUUGAGGUCUAUGUUGGGAUUCCGUACGCUUCCGCACCUAUUAAAUCCCAUCGAUUUGGCCCAACGCAAACAGCAAUGCCGUGGGAAGGAGUGAGAGACGCAGUGAAGCCGGGAUUCGUGUGUCCUCAGAUGAUGCCGGAUAUCCGGAACGAGUCGGCGGCUCUCAAGGAAAUGCCCCGUGGUUAUUUGGAGUACUUGAAAAAGGUGGAGCCAUACCUGCGGAAUCAAUCGGAAGACUGUCUCUAUCUCAAUAUCUACAGCCCAAUUGGCCCAGAACCCAAAGUGAGACCCGUUUUAGUGUACAUUCACGGAGGAAAGUUUUCCUGGGGAAGUGGCAACUUGUCGGAUGGAACGAUUCUGGCUGCAUAUGGCGAUGUGAUUUUUGUCUCACUCAACUAUCGGCUCAACGUACUGGGUUUUCUUAACGUCCACGCCAUCCCAAAUGGCAAACCAAGAGUCGCCAAUUACGGGCUGAUGGACCAAAUCGCAGCGCUGCACUGGAUUAAGGAGAAUAUCCUCAAAUUCGGUGGAGAUCCUGAAAAUAUAACGUUAAUCGGGUAUGAAGCCGGGGCUGCUUGCAUCCAUUAUUUGAUGGCGUCACCGGCCGUAACCCCAGGCUUGUUUCACCGAUCUGUGUUGAUCGCGGGAUCGGCCCAUGCCCCGUGGGCUCUCGUGUCCGACCCUUCCGCCUCAGCCGCCGCCUUGGCACAAGCCCUUAAUUGCUCCAUCCCUUCAAAAAAUGCCACCGGAAACCCUUCCCCACCUGUCCCCACACCUGCCUAUCAACCCUCCUCCCGCGGAGACUCGAAACAAUUCAAGGAAGACCCCAUCUUUGAAUGCGUCAAGAACAAACACUUUUCCGAAUUUGUGGGAUUUUCACCUCCAAAGUUUGGCGUGGAUUUUGGUCCAAGCAUUGACGGGGUUGUGAUCAAGCCAAAUUUCAGGGCCAGCUCCGAGUCCCAAAUGGGGAAAAGGGACGUGGCCAAGAAAUACGAUGUGCUCUUUGGACUCUCUUCCCUCGAGAAGAUGACCGCAUUUAGUGAGACCGAUCUGCAAUCUGGAUUCGAAGGCGGGAGGCGCGACGCCAUUCUUCGAACGCUGAUUCGAAACUCGUACCGGUUUCACCUAAACGAAAUUCUGGCCACGAUUUCUAACGAAUAUACGGAUUGGGAAAAAUCUUCCCAGCAUCCCGUGGCCAUGAGGGACCUGACUGUAAGUGCGGUGACGGAUUGUCUCGCACUCGCUCCCGUGAUUGCAGUCUCCGAAUCGGGUCAAGUGAAUCGCGGAUUUUUCUAUGUUUUCGAACACGCUACGAAAGACGGCCUUUACAACUAUUUUAGUUCCCAAGGGCAGCGAACCGGUGGCGUUGGAGGAGAAGAAUUAAGCUACAUGUUUGGAACUCCACUUGUGGAAUUGCUAACUGGCCAACUACUCCCCUUCGUCCCACCUCCGAUACCGAGUAAUUAUACGAAAACGGAAAUGGCCCUGUCCGAACUUUUCAUCACAUUCCUCUCGAAUUUUGCUCACUCUGGCGACCCGAACGAACCACUCAAGGGUGAUUUCAUUUGGCCCGUGUCGAAAGAGAGGAAUCGUUACAAAAACACGCCGUGGGAAGGACACGAUCGCCUUCAUCAGAGAUAUUUAGAAAUUUCUGCCAAUAAAGUCCGAACCAGGAGUCAUUACAGGGCGCAUCAAAUGGCGAUUUGGCUCAGAUUGAUUCCCGAACUUCAACGAAGCGGGGCACAAUUCGCGUCCGGGCUUCACAACAGGAUCAAAGGUGGCAACGACCCGUCACUCUACGUGGGCAAGCUGAGAUAUCCCCUGGACGGCGAUGACCCACUCUUACUGCAGACGCCCUCCAUUCUGGAUAUGUUGGGGUAUCGGGGAAGCGGUUAUCUUGACGGGAUGGAGUCUGGUCAAGAGGAAAAUUCGCUCAACUUGCCCGCACACCCAUCCUCACCACCGACGCCGUGCUUCUCGUCCCUGCCAGCGUCGUCGUCAUCGUCUUCAUCCCCAUCGAUGGGGGGUGUGGAAGGAUUUAACUUUACCGGGGUUCCGGAGUCGUCAUCCUUCUUUGCGCCGUACUCUACCGCGCUUUCUGUAACGAUUGCUAUCGGAUGCUCCCUUCUCAUCCUGAACGUUUUCAUAUUCACCAUAAUUUACUACCAGAGGGACAAGAGGAGCAGUGAAAUGGCAAAGUCCACCUCGACGUCUACCUCUGAUUCGCAUCAUCAUCAAAACUGCAGCAGCAGUAAAAUUUAUGGGGAACCACCCGAACUGCUAAAGUCGAAUUCCACCACGUGCACGUCUCUACAUCAUGGUUACGGAGGUGUCUCGUCCCCCACUGGUGGACCUGGCGGACGGGACAACGGGUUUGGUUCACCCCCACAAAGAUCCCUGGGUGGUCAACAGCAACCAACUUCACAGCAGCAGCAGCAACACAUGGAGGCAUUGGCGCAGAGGGGAAUUCUCUUAUCGCCCAGUCAGGCUGGUCACCCAUGUCAGCACGGAAUGUAUCAGAUGGGUGCGGCUCCUGGGUUUGCAACCUUGCCGAGAAGUAACAAUGGGGGCAUUUCUAACCUCCCGAAACCUCCACCCCCUCCGAGAACGUGUGGAAAUAAUACUACCAAUUUCUCCACGCUUCCACAUAACGCGACGAGUUUGAGAGAAAGUGGUUAUUCUUGUAAUUUUGAUGAGCUCAAAGUUUAACACGUUAAAUUUGCGCGAUUGGAUUUAUAUGUAGGUGUACAAUUUUACGAACUAUGAGUAAAAUCACUUUUGAAAUGUUAUUACAUUCAAUAUAUAUGAAUUUUUAGGCAAUUUUACUCUAACUAAGGUUUGAUGGUCACACAUAAAUACAUAUUUACAUAUUUAACGCUCAAGAUGAAAUGAAGGAUACGAUUUAUUUAACAGUAUUGUAUAUGAAUUCUCUGUAAUUGGUGCCUUUCCUCACUUUACUAUAAAUAUAUAACUUUACGUUAAUGUAAGUAUGAUGUACCAGUGAUAAAUCUUACUAAGAAAUUUCAAAAUUUUUAAAUCUGUACAUGUCUUCAUGAUUGAGAACGGAAACAGUUUAAUUAAUAAAUAACAAGUGCGUUGUUUAUGU